AAGUUUUCUGUGGAAUAUGGAUAUUUGUUGUCGAAAAAAAUCAAAUUUUUCAAGUUAUUUCGCAGUCCCUGGGGUUAAAAGAAAGCUUCGUGAGUUCAGUGCUUCUGAGUCUUUGAGUUUCGAUGAAACUCAAGGUCUCGACAAAAAGCAAAUAGAAAUAAAAAGUCGGGGGUUCGUAUCUCGUGUUGAAAUUGAGAAAAGUGCUUGGAGAUGGCGCUGUUAUCAGUCUCAAAACCGAUGAGUUUGACUGGUUCUAAACAACCAAUCGAAGACGAGAAAUUUCGCGCCUGCGUGUGUUUUGGCAGCCUUUUUUUUGCUUAGACGACACGAGUAUAGAACGCAGUCGCGACUGGUGGCGAUUCGUCGGAUCGUCCAAUCGAACAAGCGAACAAUCGAGUUAUAAGAACAACACGUUUUGCGUUCUUACCAUCGAGCGCAUAAUCGUGGUUGUUCCUUUGUCUUUUUUUCGAUUAUUAAGUAAAAACGCAAUAGAAUAAUUCACAUAACGUAUCAGAAUGGCGACUAACGAGGAUAGUAGUGAAUGUUGCAUCAUGCGAAAUAGACUACCAGGCAAUAAGAGAGAUGAUAGCGAAACAUUGGUCAACAACCUUGGCGGUUUGUCGUCGUCGGACACGAAUGAAGGACAACAGUUGCACGCCGGAACUGAUAGUUUUCCAAACAUCAAUGAAAAACCCGUCGACGACAUAUCAAUGGAGGUUUUUUACACUCCUCAUACCAUUACCCUUCUUCUCAUAUCCAUCGGAGCGGUUAUUUAUUUCGCUUUUGUCAGAGACGUGACCAACGAAGAAGACAAUCUCUGGGCUGGGAUAAUAUGCGUGAUUUUCUUCUUUCUCAUCAUAUCGAUGCUGACAUUUCCGAAUGGACCAUUUACAAGACCUCAUCCGGUGGUGUGGAGGAUAGUGUUUGGAUGCAGCGUCCUUUAUUUGAUGUUUCUCCUGUUUCUGCUUUUCCAAAGCUACGAAACAGUGAGAAAAUUGCUCGUUUGGAUAGACCCUGGACUGGCUUCGUUUCACAUAGACAUGGACAAAGAAUACGGAGUUAAUUGUUCUCAAGUUACAUUCGAAAAGAUAUGGAGCCAUUUGGACGUUUUUGCUCUUGGACAUUUUUUAGGCUGGGCAUUCAAGGCCAUCCUUAUACGGCACUGUGGAUUUUUAUGGGCAACUAGUAUAAUGUGGGAAGUAACGGAGAUAGCUUUUACCCAUUUGCUACCUAAUUUUGCCGAGUGCUGGUGGGACGCGAUUAUUCUUGACGUGCUCGUCUGCAACGCCCUGGGCAUAUGGGUUGGUUUGAAGAUCUGUUCGAUUCUCGAAAUGCGAGAGUACAAAUGGGUCAGCAUUCGUGACAUCGAGAGCACUACGGGCAAACUCAAGAGAGCGGUAUUGCAGUUUACACCUGCCAGUUGGACCUCUGUAAGAUGGCUCGAUCCCACGUGCACGCACAUGCGUUUCGUCGCACUCUGUCAGUUGGUUAUAUUCUGGCAGGUCUCCGAACUCAAUACGUUCUUCCUGAAACACGUUUACGAGUUUCCACCGUCGCACAUUUUCGUUGUCGCGCGACUUGGUCUCGUAGGCGUGAUAGUCGCCCCUUCGGUAAGGCAAUAUUACAUGUACGUGACAGAUCCAACGUGCAGUCGCGUUGGUACACAAUGUUGGGUUUAUGGAGCCAUAAUGGUUACCGAAGCUUUACUGUGCAUCCGGCACGGUGCUGAACUCUUCGAACGUACGCAAGCAGUGAACAUAAUCGUGUGGUUGCUCUGUCAAACGCUGGUUUCCGUUCUGUGUGUCUAUGGUUGCGUGCUUUGGCAUCGUUACUUCGAGAUGGAUUUGACUUCGAAAUUUUUGCAUCUUUUUGACGGACAAGCUAAGCCCGUCCUCGACUCAACAGGACAAGAUUUUCGCCGAUGCCACAAAUCGCGAUGAGCACCUGGCUGAGCAUGAAGCAUUUCUGGAUGAAUUGGGGAAGAAAGAGAUAUGAGACAACUCCGCAAUCGCGAUAACGAAUAAGAAGAAUCAGUAAGAGGCCAUGAGAGUGGAGCAGAAGGAAAAAAUAAAACUUUCUAGUCGAAUAUGACAUGUGAUAAAAUGUACGGAGCGUGGUACAUGAAGAGUCGAACUAUAAGGAGAGAAAAAUGGGAAUACGGUGAAGGAGAAAAAUGCAAGAAAGCGUGUUUCCAGUUGGUCAUUAACGCUUGUUUCAACGUCUACGCAUGAUCGAUGAAGUGAUAUCAAACUGACGAAUAAUCCUCGAGGAUUAGGCAGCGUCAGGCACAAUUCCUCGAUACUCCAAAUGAGGGAAUACUCCGCACGUAAAAGUUGGAAGCAAUUGAGAGCCUUCGGGACAUUUCCAGGAUUCCCCGAGUUUUUUAUCGUUAGAAGCAGCCACGAAAAUUCGCAUUCUGCUUGGCAUCAACGGAUUUUCAUUCAGUGCUACGUAUGACGAUGCGAGCGGUUCCUUUGUGCAAUGAGUCUGCAAAGGAAUUAAUGAACCGUUCUUUUUCUGUUCAAUUUUUUUUUCUUUUUUUUUCUAUCGACACGACAGACAAACGAGCAUAAUUGUGCAAAUUAUGACUAAAAGAAUAUGAAUAUAGUUCACCUGUGCAUAUACGAGAUAGUAAAGCUGACUGACGUCCAAGUCUAA